ACCGCCGCACGUCCUUGCAGGAGCGCCGCCAGCGAGGUAGCUGCCAGCGGCCAUGGAGGUCGCAUCGCCAGACCACGAGGGGCGCAACGGACGUUUCCGCCAGUACCUGGCCGUCGCGGUAGUGAACCUGGCGGCGAUGGAGUACGGCGCGGCGCUGGGCUGGACCUCGCCGGCGCUGCCCUGGCUGCAGGCGGCGGGCAACCCCGUGGGGGCGGGCAAGCCCAUGACGGACACCGCCGCCUCCUGGCUGGGCUCGCUCCUGUGCCUGGGCGCGCUGGUCUCCGCCCCGCUGCUCGGCUACCUGUGCCGGCGCCGCAGCCGCAAGACGGCCGGCUACUCCGUGGGGCUGGCGGGCGCGGCCGGCUGGCUGCUCACUGCACUCGCCCCCUGCGAGGCUGCGCUGCUCGCCGCCCGGGUCGUGCUGGGCUUCGUCGCCUCGGGGAGCUGCAUAAUCUGCACGCUGUACAUCGUGGAGUGCGUCGACGACGACAUCCGAGGCUCCAUGGGCUCCAUGAUCAACCUGUUCAUCUGCGCCGGCGUGCUGUUCUCGUACGCGGCGGGGUCGUGCGUGUCCUACCAGACUUUCAACCUGCUGUGCCUGUCGCUCGCUCUGUGCUUCCUGCUGGCCUUCUGGCGGCUGCCCGAGACCCCGGCGUACCUGGACUCGGCGGGCGAGCGCGACGCGGCCGACAGGUCCCGCCGGUGGCUGCGGCUGAAGAAGGAGGCGGAGGUCUCGGAGAAACAGGUCCCCGUCGACGACAGGUCGCUGGCGGCCGAGCUGGUCCGCAGCAAGGGCACCAGGAGGGCCAUGGCCGUCGGCUUCGGCCUCGUGCUCAACAACCAGCUGUCGGGCAUUACCGCCGUCCUCAGCUACACCGUCACCAUCUUCCAGGCGUCCGGCAGCUCGCUGUCUCCGCACGUGUCCGCCAUGCUCGUCGGAGCCCUCCAGCUGUCCGCCGUGUACCUCACCUCGUUCCUCGUCGACCGCGCCGGCAGGAAGGCGCUCCUGCUCGGCUCCAACCUGACCACGUCCGCGUGCCUCGCGGUCCUGGGGCUGUUCUUCCACCUCGAGGGCGGCGGGUACGAGGUGUCGUCGCUCGGCUGGGUCCCCGUCGUCAGCCUGUGCGUCUUCGUGGCGGCGUUCGCCAUGGGGCCCGGCACCCUCACUUUCGUCCUCGUCGGCGAGAUAUUCCCGCCACACGUGAAGGAAUCCGCCGUCACCACCUGCAUCUGCUUCCUCAACUUCGUGGCCUUCCUGGUCACCAGGUUCUUCAUGGGGCUGGUGGACGCGCUCGGCAUGGGCGGCUGCUUCUGGUUCUUCGCGGCGUUCUGCUUCCUCUCCGUGUUCUUCUGCCACUUCUGCGUGCCGGAGACCAAGAACAGGACCAUCGAGUCCAUCCUGGCGGAGCUGGACGGCGGCGAGAAGUCUGGACUGGAACCGGAGAAACCGGGGUUGGUUUGAAACUCAGUAAGGAGCUUUUGUUCACCCAUUUAACGAAGACAUUGUCGUUUACGUGUGUACAAAAAAAACUUGAGUACGUUUAACGUGAACGGAAUAUUGAUAUUAAAUGUAAAAUAAGUUUAUUCAUUUUAAAAAUGAUGUAGGUUCAUAACAACAUUAUAACAGUGUUAUAAAUUGUUUUUUUCGUAUUUGCGUAUGCUAAGAAUAAAAAAUUUGUUUUAUAUGCUAUAAAAUUGAAUAAUUGUAUUUUGAAUAACAGUAUCAAUUGAUGUUUGCUUUGAUCUUGUACAAAUGUUUAUGUACCUGACUUAAACAGUUACUAGGUAUUUUAGACAAUUAGAAAAUUUAUACUAUCCAAUUCACAUACGAA